UCCCCGGGAAAGCUCGGUUUCUAGUUAGUUGGUUCCUCCCUAUGUUCCUCCAUGGUUGACUUGUAGAUGCUGAAGAAGUGUUGAUAAUCAAUGGAGAAAAUAACAGAGAAACUGCUACUGGAGAAAGCAUCUCCAAAAACCAACAAACUGGAGCAAAUCAAGACACUGAAUCUAUCUAGGCUGGGACUGAAGUCUCAGGACUUGCCAGUCAGGCUGCUGUCCCGACUCCAGUACCUGGAGCGGUGGGAUCUUUCUGGGAACAGACUGCAGGAGUUGCCCAAGAACCUGGAGCUGCCUGCCCUUCGCUACCUGGACCUCAGCGACAACCAGCUGGAGGAUGUUACCACUCUGGAGUCUCUAAGCAAUCUGGAGGAGCUCAAGAUGGAGGACAAUCUUUAUAUCACUGUGAGCGAUAACUACAAGCUGAUGGCAUUGUUGCCCAAACUGAGGAUUCACAACGGUAAAGAUGUCAGCACGACUGCCAACCACUUGCGCUAUGUCUACACAGAGAACUUGAGGACCAGGAUAAUUGCAGUUUGGGAGAAGAGCUUCUGUCUUCCGGAUCCCAUCACAGCAGAGAAAAUGUCGGCCUUGGAGAAAGACUUUGUCAACACCGCCCGUCAACAAGUUAAAUUUGGACCCAGUUCAGUCAGUGAUUUCACCAAAUGGAGGGUAGAGAAUAUCGCUAAGGAGUAUCUGCACUCUCUGACAAAACCAAAGAAAGAACCAGAGAGCAAGGAGUCUACCGACACUAAAGAGAACUGUGUUGUCUCGACGCCGACCAAGAGGAAACAAACGGCGUCAGUGGACACCAGCAUCAGACUGACACCUCGCAAGAAGUUGUGCGCAGACCUCCCAGCCUCCCCAGUUGAAGCCAGCCCUCGCAAAUCCAGUCUCCGCAAACUCGAGACGCUAACCCAGACCAGCGCUGUCAGGAUGAGCCCCCGCAAGAUAAGUCAGCCUCCCUCUACCCCCACCAGAGGACAGACGAAGCCAGAGACGCCCAGGAGAGGUGCAACGACAGUGCGACAAACCAAAGAGGACGGUGGAGCUCAGAAAAAACAGAAGAACAGAACCGACGCUGACAUGUUGUCCACAAUAAAGACACAGCAGCCAGUGUGUCUGAAGCCUCUCCACGUCCUCCAGUGCCACAGUAAACAGGACAGCUCGGAGGACUUCUCUACCCAGCUGUGGGCCUGUGCUUUCCAGCCAAUGCCAGAUUUCAAUGGCACUGGUGGAGGAAGCCGUUUGGUUGCUACCUGUGGUGGAGACUCUCUCUGCGUGAUUGACUGUGAAACUGGGCUGGUGAUGAAGAAGUACAAAGUUCCUGGCGAGGAGUUCUUCUCCCUGGCCUGGUCCACGGUGUUGAUGUCCAGGGGAGGCGGGGCCUCGGCUCAACACUGCAGCAUUCUGGCAGCUGGAGGGAAGAAAGGACUGGUCAAACUGAUCCACCCCAGAAACAACAUGGCCUACGGGGAGUUCCGAGCCAGCCGCAAGGCGCUGUCUGUCCUGCGCUUCAACCACCGCCAGGGGAACUUCCUCUUCACGGGAUCAUAUGAUAACAAGAUUGUGAUGUGGGACAUCGGUGGAGUGGACAGCCAGUACAACUACAAAGUUGUUCAGCUGCUGGUGUUGCAGAUCAGCGCCACUCCCCUACACAUCUGCCUCCCCCCCACUUCCCCCAGCUCACACCUACUGACUGCCUGUGAGGACGGCCUGCACUGCUACAACACACAACUCUGCACCAACAACACAAAGAGUAGGUCUGAGGAGAUGGAGAUAACUUUCCCCAUAUAUAAGAAGGAAGACAAAUGCCAUGACUACCACACCAUUGAUGGCCUGAGUUUUCUUACAGAUGACAUAGUGGCCUCCAAGAACUACAUGCAUGGUUCCAUAUACUUGUGGAGCUGGAGCAGGACCAAGGCUCAGCGGCCUGACAAGAAGGACAGGACAGUUUGUGCUGUGGUUCUGGCUGAGCUGCAGUGGGCCAACACUGAGAUUCCCUACCUGGCUCUUAACACAUGCCCUGGCCGAGCCUACAUAGUGUGUGGUGAUGACAAAGGCAGGCUAUGGACAUACCACGUCAACGACCUGCAGAAAAACGGUUUCCAGACUGGGAAACCCAUACUGCCCACUGAGGUGUUGGAGUGGCCGACCCCGGUAAGAAAGGGAAUCGGCCAGGUGGAGGGCCCCACCAUCAACAGUGUAGCAAUGGACCCUGAGCUCCACUACCUGGUGGCCCUUAGUGACAAAAAUAUGGUGAUCGUGUGGAAGAGAGAAAAGUCCUCCUGAGAAACACGGGCUGUGGGAAUGCAACUCAUCAAUGGAAGUCAUGUAUUUUAAUACAAAUCGUAGGGGGUUUUGGUAUUUGUAAGGUAAGGGUUGCUUCUCAUAACACCAACAAGCCACUCUGUCUCAGCCAAUAGAGUGAAUUUUGCAUUGAUGCCACCGUGAGAUCUGUCAGAGCAAGUAACAGCCAGACUGAAGGAAUACAAUUACAGUAUUGUUCUUUAAAAAAGAAAAUGUAAGGCAUACAGUUCUAACAUUUUAAUUGGCAGGAUUGAAUACUGAUGUACAUAAAAGUUGCUGCUGUUGGGAAUAGUAGCCAAGGGAAAAGAGUUGUCGAUUGUCUCUAUGUGACACACAAUUCCUAGUUUUUGUAUGUAAUUAUGUAUCUUUAAAAGAUACGGCAUUUACAAAUGUCCAGUCCAACCAUGAAAACUGGUGUCAAAUUCACGAAUGAUUAGCCAAUGAGCAUCCAUAUUAACUUGCAUAAAUAAAUGCUAAUGUUUCCAGUUAGAUGUAAACCAGUCAAGAUUGUGUACUGCUUUUGCGCUGCCAACAAGGGGCAGAAAAAUAAUGUUUUUUUUUUUUUUAUCACUUAGACAGGCAGUGGCCUUAUGAAUAGGAAUCACAUUUUUAAAUUUGACUGUUAAUUUACUUCUUUUUUUCAAAUGUAAAUAUUUUAUAUGAAUAAUUGUAUGAUGAACCUUUUCUGUUAUUUUAAGGUCAGUCUUUAGACCUUGCUGUUUAAAGUAACUAUGUAACAUUGUAAUGUAAUGCAAACAGUACUGCUGCUGUGAGGAGUAAACAAACUGCUGGGAAAAUAAAUGCAGCAAAGUGUGUUUCUGCCUGCUGUAAUCCUGCAGUUCUUCUACUCUACCUGGGUUUCUGUGUGCAGCCCACCAUGUUUUUACAUGUCAAGUUUACAAAUAUCUUGAUUUAAUAAAUCAAACUUACUGCAUUUAUUUCA